AUCGCCCUCUGCGCUAUCCCUCCUGUAUGGUGGACAUUCUUCUCCAUUCUUCUUUCUUGGGUGAUAUGGGGGAUCAUUCCAAAAAGAAGUCCGGAAUCGCAAUGUGUGUCGGCUGUGGAAGUCAGAUCCAUGACCAGUACAUCCUAAGAGUCUCCCCAGACCUCGAGUGGCAUGCAGCCUGCUUGAAGUGCGCGGAAUGCAGCCAGUACCUGGAUGAGACAUGCACUUGCUUCGUUCGAGAUGGCAAGACCUACUGCAAACGAGAUUACGUAAGGUUGUUCGGGAUUAAGUGCGCAAAAUGCAACAUCGGCUUUUGCAGCAGCGAUCUCGUCAUGAGAGCUCGGGACAAUGUUUAUCACAUGGAGUGUUUCAGAUGCUCCGUGUGCAGUAGACACCUCCUCCCCGGAGAUGAGUUCUCUUUGCGAGACGAGGAACUGCUGUGCCGGGCCGAUCAUGGCUUACUGAUGGAGCGCAGCUCAGCAGGAAGUCCCAUCAGCCCCGGAAAUAUUCACUCUAGCAGAUCCAUUCACUUGACAGAGCCUGUGCCGGUAAGGCAGCCCACACACCGGAACCACGUUCACAAACAGUCAGAAAAAACCACUCGGGUACGGACAGUGCUGAACGAGAAACAGCUCCACACUCUCCGGACCUGCUACAAUGCAAAUCCUCGACCGGACGCUUUAAUGAAAGAACAGUUAGUGGAGAUGACCGGAUUGAGCCCACGGGUAAUACGAGUGUGGUUCCAAAACAAACGUUGUAAAGACAAGAAGAGGGCGAAUCUCAUGAAGCAACUUCAACAGCAGCAUCACAGUGAUAAAACUAAUCUGCAGGGCCUAACAGGUACGCCUCUGGUAGCUGGCAGUCCGAUCAGACAUGACAACACUGUCCAAGGGAAUCCAGUCGAAGUACAAACGUAUCAGCCACCGUGGAAAGCCUUAAGUGAAUUUGCCUUACAAAGUGACCUGGAUCAGCCUGCUUUCCAACAACUGGUGUCAUUUUCAGAGUCAGGUUCCCUGGGCAAUUCGUCAGGCAGCGAUGUGACUUCACUGUCGUCGCAGUUACCGGACACUCCGAACAGCAUGGUCCCGAGUCCAGUGGAGACGUGAGAUCGGGCCCUCACCGAUGGCUCCCGUCCCAGCAUGCUCCCGCGCGCCCUGCAUGAGAACAGAUGACCUCACAACCUCGAAAAAGAAAAAGGAUUAAUUAAAAUGACACCUACACGAUGGAUCUUAAUGUGAAGAUACAGUUUGCCAAAACUAGGAGAGACUUGCCCGGGCGAAUUCGAGUUUCCUUACCUCUGGCAUCACAUCUGAUAUAAUUUCCAUGGAUCCAUCAAAACCAGAAGAUACCCCGAGGAAUACAAACAAACGAUUUUGAUUUGGGUUAUGAACCAGACUCCACUUCUUUUAGUCUGUUUUAACAGUAUUCAGUAAUGGCCAUCAUUGUAUAGAUUUAUCAACACGCGAAUGAUUUUCCUAGUUCGUUGAGGCAGCAGAGACACAUAUUUGUCCAUUGCGCAUGAUCUCCGCAGAUGGUGUAAAACUGACUCUUGUAAAAUAUUUUAUCUUAUCGGAUGGAAGACUGAUUGUUUGAACUUCUCAAGAAAAAAAGUAAGUUAUUGUUAUUUAUUGUCGGGACGUCCGUCCAUACCAGAAUUAAGAAUUGAACUUAAUAAACUAUGUUAAGUGCUGUUUAUGUCUGAAGAGCUGUACAUGACAAAAAUAUGGACAUCUAUAUUCAGAAGAUAUGUCACUCAUUUAUAUGGACAAACUCUCUUUACAUCCUCAUCACUUUACUGACAGACAAAAAGACUGUUAAUUAACUCCCACAUUUGCGUAAACAAUAUGCCAAAUGCCUGGCAAAUAGAAGGAGUGGUGAAAUAGAAUU